UUUCAGUUUUAAUGCCUGAAAAUAACCAUUUGUGUCCCUCGAGGUACAUGCUCUCGUUUGCAGCCUAGCCCAUAUCGCCUCGCUUUGGUAACGCAAUUCAAGAUGGAGGAGAAAGAUGUAAACAAAAGUGGUUUCUAGCAAAAUGUAAUCUACAAUCUUCUUUCUGGUGAAUGCAUUUGGAACAAAUAAUGUCUCAAACGAGACAGGAACAAACGUGGAAUGAGCAAAGUGACAGUUUGAGAAGGAUCCGCGAGCAGUUGGCAGAGGCACAGGAACACCAGCCCAGACGCCACUCUGCAGGGACGUCAAAGAGGAAGGCAUAUGAUCCCAGGCAGACCCGGACACCACCUGCUCUUCUACCAAGACUGGACACCCCUCCUGACCAUGACCAGUACAGACAGAGUCCAGUGUUAAGAGGCAGCAGGUAUGGUGUGGUGCCACCUGUUGGACCCCGCCAAGAGGCAUAUGAGAGGUCUCCUUCUACGGAUAGCUGGGGUGAUGACAGUGAUGGCUAUGAGUCCCGUUCCCACGGCUACAAGCCCCGCACCCAUGGCUAUGAGCCCCGCCCCCAGGUGUACCCUGUACCCUACCAGUACCCCUAUCCCCAGCUAUACCCAUACCCAUACCCUGCAGUCUACCCUAUACCCUCUAUGGUGUACCCACCACCUCCUCCAGUCCCAUACUACCUCCAGGCAGCUGCUGCAAGACCAAAGCACAGAAAAAAGCACAAAUCAAAACAUUCCAAUGCCAAAGCCAACCAAAAAGACCAGGCCACCUAUACAAUAGAGGACAGGGCCACCCAAUACUCGCACAUAGAAAACCGUCCAUUUUGGAAGGACAAGUUUGAAGAAACUUACAAAUUCCACACAAAACCUACACAAAGUAGAAUGAAUGGAGUUAUAAACUAUAAAGGAAAAGACAGGCAGUCACAUUUAGAUGAAGAUGGCGAUGAGAAUCAAGAUGAGACUGUGCCAAGGUUUAAGUAUAUUUCCACUACAAAACAGAGGAGUGAUGUUUUUGAUGAUUCAAAUUCUGUGAUACAAAGGUAUAAGUAUGACAGGGGGAAAUAUAAAAGUCCAAUCCCAGAUUCAGGACCUGCUUUUUCACAACAGACAUUUGCAGAGUUGAGCCUGACAAGACUAAAUAAGCAUACCCAGGUAGCCCAGUAUUUCAAUGCUCAUAACUCCUUUGCUCAAGUAUUUGUAGAGGAUUUCAUACAGGAGGCUCUGGAGGAUGAGAUUGUCCCAGAUCUUCUGAUAGAAGUGGUGUCAGAGCAGAAAGAGACGGUGUCAGUGAAAUCUCGCUUGCUGCCAGGUGGCGCUGUAGAUCUCUACUCCAUGACAGCUGCUCAGCUGCGUGACUUGGACAGAGACACGCUGAUGAAACUAACUGACAGCUACCUAAUGGAGAGAAUGUCCCAGAAGGUUCUCGGCGAGGACAUCGCCAGUGCCCUGCUCAGUGAGGUGGUCCACGAGGGCGUCCUUCAGGUUGUCAAACUGGCUACGCAGGAAAUGGUCAGUGGAUACCUGGCUAAGAGCGCCGGAACUGACGUAAUGACGGAUUUGGUGGAGGAUUACAUCGCUGAGAUAGGCCAUGAGUUGGUUGAAGAGGUGAUUUCAGAGGUGCAGUUUGAAGAUGUCCUCGAGGAGUUUAUCGAGGAAGAUGUUGACGAGCUAGCCAAUGAGGUGGCAGUAGAGGUCCUGACGCACUAUGACACCAGGAUACAGAAAAGAGAACUCAGAGAGGUAGCCAAAUAUGCCAGGCAGAAGUUCAUUGACUCCAUGUGUUCAGAGUACUAUACUACUAAGUAG